ACGACCUGCUUUCUUGAUGCUUUACCAUGCUGCUAGUCGGAUGGCCUCAGAUAAAAGAAGGUCAAUCAACUGGACUCUGCAGCACACCUCCAUGCCAUGAUCAUCCCAUCGGCUGGCCAUCAUUCCGUCGAUUAUUAUGCAUUCGUCCUCAAGUCCCGGGCCAGGGGGCAUUGACCAUUCCCGCCGCAUCCCACCCGAUCCGAUUCUUCGAGAAGCUUUCCUGAACAUCCGGUUGCCGGUCAGAGCCUUACGAGCAGAAGCCUGGAAUCUCCAGAUUGAUGGCGCUACGCAUGGAUCUGACUGGUUGCCAUCCCAUCGAAUACGCCGUCAUUCUUUCGUUUCUUGUCUAGUUCUCCCGCGAUCACCCGCCGGUUGUUAUGCCUUGACUAGCAACAAAAUCAUGGAGAGCGGUCCGGUGCUCAUGGGCUCCGCUAGACACCUUUGCGUCAUGUCAGGCCGUCAUGUCGGGUUCCGGGCUUCAGCAUCUUGGAUCGACCGACAAUCUGGAGGACGCAUCCUCACCUCACAAUGGCACCUCUCACUGCUACCCUCGCUCUGCUGCCUUGGAAAGCUAUCAGUUCCCUUGCACACUUCAUCCAGGCACAAUGACCUCAAUGAGCUUUGGUGAAUAUCUCCAGUUGACGGAUGUUGUCGAUGCUCUUCGAUAUAGUCUUUAAUAACUUUGCCUUUAUCCGAUCUGGUACCAGCUUGUCAACCA